AUGCAAGUUGUUAAGAAUUCGAAUGAAUGGUUUGAAGAAUUUAUUUCUAAAAAUUAUAUAAAAUAUCAUGAAUAUAAAGAUUUUCACAAUAUUAAAAAAAUUGGAACUGGAACUCCUCUCAGAAAAGUUUAUCAAAAAUAUUUUGUGUUAAAAUUGGUUAAUAUUAACAAUAUCACUAUAAAAGAAAUCAUUAAUGAGCUUGAAUUUCAUUGUAAAGUCAAUUCUGAGAACAUCAUCCGCUUUUUUGGAAUUACAAGCGAAGAAAAUCAAAAUAGUCAGUUGGAAAGAUAUUUUUUAUUUAUGGAGCAUGCUGAUAAUAAUUCUCUUCAAAAUUAUUUGAAAGAAAAUUUUAAGAUUCUUACGUGGGGAGACAAAUGCAAAUUAGCAUACCAAUUAGUAUGUGCUGUAUCAUACUUACACAAUGAAGAAAUUGUAAAUCGUAAUUUGCAUUCUGAUAAUAUAUUGAUUCAUCGGCAUACUAUUAAAUUGGCUGAUUUUGGACUAUCAAAAGGAAUCAAAAAAGUAUCUGGACAAAGAGAAUCAGACUUAUUUGUUAAUAUUCCUUACGUUGAUCCUAAAAAGUUCGUUGAUAGUAUCAAUUUAAAACAAUCAUACUCUUUAAACAAAAAGAGUGAUGUUUACAGUAUUGGAGUGCUUUUAUGGGAGAUUUCAAGUGGUCGACCACCAUUUAAAGAUGAAUUUUAUGAUGUUACUUUAGCAACACGAAUUAUACAUGGUUAUAGAGAAAUAAUUGUCCCUAAUACUCCUGUUGAUUAUUCUAAUAUUUAUACUGAGUGUUGGAAUUAUGACCCAGAUAAUAGACCAGAUAUGAAUCAAGUAGUUGUUAAAUUAGAAGAAAUUAUUACCCUAACGGAAGACCAUCACAUAUCACCUAUUAAUGAUAAUUCAUUAUAUGAAAAUUUUAUUCAUAAUUUCAAUAAAAUAAUUAUAAAAGAAAUGGAACCUUACAUAAUUCAAAAUAUUAAUGAAAAUGUUUUUGAAGAAGAUUUAAGCGUUAUGAUUGAUGAAUUAAUUGAACUUUAUCUUAAGGAGCUAAAUAUUGGAAAAGAAACAAAUGUUAGAAAACAACUUGUUCUCAAUUAUUUUAAAAAUUACAAGAUAAAUUUACAAGAAAUCUACAAUUGGCUUUUAAAUAAUCAAAAUAAUUCAAAUUCUAUUUAUUUACUCGGAUAUUUUAAUUAUCAUGGGAUUGAAACUAAUAUUAAUAAGAAAAAAGCAUUUGAAUUAUAUAAAAAGGCAGGAGAGUUAGAAAAUGUUGUAGCUCAAUAUUAUCUUACUAUUAUGUAUAUGGAUGGAGAAGGUGUUGAUAAAAAUUAUGAAAAAUCUUUUGAAUUAUCUAAAAAAUUAACAGAAAGAAAAUAUCCAUGUGGAAUAAAUUCAUUAGGUUAUUGUUAUUAUUGUGAAAUCGGAACUAAUGUUGAUAUACAUAAGGCAUUUGAAUUAUAUAAAAUGGCAGCAAAUUUAGGUAAUCUUAGAGCUCAAUGUAAUCUUGCUUUAAUGUAUAGAGAUGGUGAAGGUGUUGAAAUUAAUUACAAUAAAGUUUUUGAAUUAUCUAAAAAAUCUGCAGAUGGUGAAUAUUCGGGUGGAAUGAAUAUGUUAGGAUAUUGUUAUAGUAUUGGAAUUGGAACUAAUAUCAAUCAACAAAAAGCAUUUGAAUUAUAUAAAAAAGCUGCAUAUAUAGGUUAUAAUGUAGCUCAAUAUAAUCUUGCCACAAUGUAUGAAUAUGGAAAUGGUAUUAAGGAAGAUAAAGAUAAAGCAAUUUAUUGGUACAAAAAAUCUCUUGAUCAAGGAUACCAAAAGUCUCAGAAUAAGUUAAACAAACUUUUAAAAGAAUGA